CGGAGCGCGCCCUUCCCGCUGUCUGCCCUUCUCCCUCCUCUCUCCAAGUCGGUGGCGGGUGGGCGGCGGCGGCCUGGGCGCCCAGCCCUCUUCGGGUGUGUGCGCGCUCGUCCGCGCGCCCCCCCGCGCCGCCCGCCGCCCGAGAGGGGGCCUGCACAGCCGGCGGGCUGUGAGCAGAGAGCCGCGGCCCGCGCCCGCAGGCGCCGGGGUCCCCGCGGACCCGGAGGUAGCGCGGAGGGCGGCAGAUGUAGCCACCGGCUGGCCGGGCCGAAACGGCGGGGGGGCGCGGGAGGGCGAGCGCUUUGCAUUUUGCAGUGCUGUUUGAGGGGGGCGGGGGGUGGAGGAAGCGGAAAGCCGCCGAGUCGCCGGGGACCUCCGGGGUGAACCAUGUUGAGUCCUGCCAACGGGGAGCAGAUCCACCUGGUGAACUAUGUGGAGGAUUACCUGGACUCCAUCGAGUCCCUGCCUUUCGACCUGCAGAGGAACGUCUCGCUGAUGCGGGAGAUCGACGCGAAAUACCAAGAAAUCCUGAAGGAGUUGGAUGACUACUAUGAGAAGUUCAAACGUGAGACGGAUGGCACCCAGAAGAGGCGGAUGCUGCACUGCAUCCAGAGGGCCCUGAUCCGCAGCCAAGAGCUGGGUGACGAGAAGAUCCAGAUCGUGAGUCAGAUGGUGGAGCUGGUGGAGAACCGAACCAGACAGGUGGACAGUCAUGUGGAGCUCUUUGAGGCACACCAGGAGAUCAAUGAUAGUACAGGCAACAGUGGCAAGGCUGGCCAGGACAAAUCCAAGAAUGAGACAAUCACUCAGGCAGACAAGCCAAAUAACAAGCGGUCCCGGAGGCAGCGCAACAACGAGAAUCGAGAGAAUGCUUCGAAUAAUCACGACCAUGAUGACAUCACCUCAGGAACGCCCAAGGAAAAGAAAGCAAAAACCUCAAAGAAGAAGAAACGCUCCAAGGCCAAAGCAGAGAGGGAGGCAUCCCCCGCAGACCUUCCCAUCGACCCCAAUGAGCCCACGUACUGUCUGUGCAAUCAGGUCUCCUAUGGAGAGAUGAUAGGCUGCGACAAUGACGAGUGCCCCAUCGAGUGGUUCCACUUCUCGUGCGUGGGACUCAACCAUAAACCAAAGGGCAAGUGGUACUGCCCCAAAUGUCGGGGGGAGAAUGAGAAGACAAUGGACAAAGCUCUAGAGAAGUCCAAAAAAGAGAGGGCUUACAACAGGUAGUUUGUGGACAUGGGCUCACAUGAGAACAAAGUCUGCCUGUGUUUAUGACGCUGCCUUUGCGGAGGUAUGAGGACGGUCAGAUGAAUAUUUUUAGAGAAUGUCAGGAAAGGAGCCUCUCCUGGAGCUGGCCGAAACUCAGCCUGGUCUUCAUGGUGCCGUGUGUAACCAGAUGGGGAUCUGGGGAUCAGCAUUUUAGAAGCUACAAAUACAGGCUCAAAUGAACUACUUCAGUGGGAGUCAGACUGAUUUCUUGAGGUUAGGGGAGUGACUUGGAAGCAACUUAACAAACAUAAAGAAGAGAUUUAAUUUGGCUGUUUUAACAAAAAUGUUCUGGUUUAUAAAUUUUUUUUUAAUUAACCAGGUUGCUAAAGUACAGCAGAUGUGUUUCUUGCUACCAUAAUGUAUAUCCAUAUGACAAGUCAAUAACAAAGAUUUAAAAUCUGAAUAUUAUUAUUUUUUAAAAAGGUAAAUGGGUAAAUUUUACAUGACAGAUAUUUUAUAUACUGGCCUGUUCCCCACCUGGCCAUUUUUAAUGAUUGGGUACAUUUUUAUUAGAUCAAAUACAAGUGGUCUAAUUACUUCGAUUCAAGUCAUGCCUUUGCUAGCCUAGGUCAUAGUGUAGCCACCUUAACUUAUAUGAAGUGUAUAAAUGUACAUUUCCCCGAGACCUUGCCCUUACUGUAUUAUGACCGGAAGCGCAACCUGAUGCUGUGGUUAAGCCAAGAUGUGCUUCCUGCCCUGUGUGAGCUGUACAGAUGUUGUGUCAAGAAAUAAAUGAAACUUGGCCAGUUUGUUUCUCUAGCAUUUAAUUUUAACAUAAGUCAUUUAAAAAAUUUUGUCUUAAAAAUUUAUACACCAGCAGUUUAGACAAAGCCUUAAGCAAAGUGUUUAUUAUUGAUCUCACUUAAUAAGAAAAUAGACGUUACCUCUCCAUGCCAGCAAAUAAAUGUCGAAAAUUUAGACCAGAGGUUAGGAAAUGACUGUGCACUCAUCAUAUUAGUCCAUCUUUUUUUGUGUGGCCUGUGAGCUAAGAAUGGUCCUUAUGUUUCUAAGUGGUUUUUUAAAAAAAAAAACAUUUCAUGAUACAUCAAAAUCCUAUGAAAUUCAGAUUUUAGUGUCUAUAAUAAAGUUUCAUUGGAACACA